AUGACUAUGCAAGAAGGGUUGGUUUUACUGUUCGCAGAGAGUACGUAUACAAAUAAGAAAUUAGGUUAUGUGACAUCACGGAAGAUUACAUGUUACAAGGAGGGUUUUCGUAGGAAUGAUAAACAAAAAGAACAAGUUAAAAAAUCUCGAAGAGAAACUGGAACAGGGUGUCAAGCUCAUAUUAUUAUUACCUGUCAGUCAAUGGGAAAGUACCGUAUUACUAAAGUUGAGUUGGAACAUAAGAAUUCUCUUGUUCCACUGACAAUGGUUCAUAUGUUGCCAUCUCACAGAAAGAUAAACGAAGUUCAGGCUCAUGAAAUAGAUUUAGCAGAGGAUGCUGGAUUAUUUUCUAAAGAGACAUUUGAUUUUAUGAGUCUUCAAGCUGGCGGCAGAGUAAAUUUGGGUUACACCAAGUUAGAUCAGAAGAACUACCUCCGAACAAAACGACAAAAAGCUAUGAGACAAGGGGAAACAGUUUAA